CUAGCGGCUCGAUGCCGAGAGGGAGAGGAAGAGGAGGAGGGAGGCGAGAGGAGAGGAAGAGACGAGGAGGAGGAGGAGAACCGAGGGAUUGAGGCGACAAGGAGCUGCUGACCGUGCUGACGGACGGCGAAAAACCAUAUUCAGCCGUAUCAUACCUUGUAUCAUAACCUUCACUCGAAAUCCCAUCAGGUUGUCGAUCAAGUCUCCCUGUCUGUUGUCAACGCAGCCUGGAAAGAAACUAGAGCAGAACACCUUGCAGGCUCAGCUAGUCGACGAGGAGCCUCAGGCUGCAGGCACGAGCCGUCAAGUUUCCUCCAAGUGUCACGCCCACGAGUUGACUGUGCCUGAGCUGAGCAGUCGAGUGUCGGCACGGAGUAGGAGGAGAUGUCUGCGGAGCAACUAGACAUGAAUACGAUCGAGCCCAUCAGCACAGGAAAGAAGAGCAUGUUCAUAACGCAGAAUGCCAACGUGACGAGCAAGCAGCACAAGACUGUCAAGCUGCCGAGGAUUGAGAGCGCCAACAGGAGCAUCGCCGACAUGUCGCACCAGUCUUCUCAGAGCACUGAGCUGCUCAAGGCGAACCGAGAGAUGCAAGAGGUGCAGCAGCAGCUGGACCUGAAGAAGGCCGAGCAUCACGAGAGGAUGGCGAAGUGCAAGGAGAAGGAGGAGACUCUUGCCAUCAAGGCGCAGAAGCUCAAGUCCGAGGAGGCCAAAUUCCAACUGUUCCUCAAGGAGAACGAUGCCAAGAGGAGCAGAGCGCUGAAACGAGCGCAAGACGAGGUGAACAUCAGGAGGGGGAAGGAGAAGGAGGCGGAGGCCCUUGUGCUGGAGUGCCGCAACAUCAACGACAAGCUGAACCUGGCAAGGUCGCGGCUGGACGAGCAUCUGAUCUAUCAGACGUACCUGGAGAAGGUGGUCGAGCACAGCGAGGACUUCACGGAGGUCUCAGAUAUCCUGAAGCGCUACCAGACUCUAAGUGCCACCAACGACGACCUGCAGACGAUGGUGCAGAAGAACAUAGACGACACGGAGACGUACCGCCACCACCUCAGUCAGAUGACCAAGCGGCUGCAGAACGAGGUUCUCGUCAAGAGCAGUGAGAUUGCCGAGCACCAGGAGAGGCUGGAGAAGGCAAGGAUAGAGACGGUGAUCGCUGACUCCCACAAGGCGACGCGCGAGGACGAGGUCAAGGACGGGAUCCGAGAGCUGGGAGAGUCGCAAAUGGCCAUCUUCAACCUCUUCAACAGGUGCAGAGCGACGCACAUGGCAGACUCGCGUCCGAAGCAGGAGACCAAGGAUCCUUUCCUUGCUCUGAGGUACAUCGAGGAGCGGUUCAGGGACCUUGCGAUGAUCGUCAAGGACGGAUACGACCAGGGGGUCGUCGGCAAGGUGAAGGUGCGAGAGGCAGCGGUCGAAAAGCAGGCGGCACACCAGGCGGCCAACGCGCGAUGGGGAGCGGCGGGACAACCAGCGACCAAGGCUGCGGGGAGGCCGAGCAAGAGGGCGGAAGGAGGAGCCAUGACCUCUCACGCUUCACAGAGCGGGUUCUUCGGAACGAACAGUGGUAGCACGCUCAAGUCUCAACCUCCACUACAAUGAUGACCUGGGCUACUGCAUAUUGGUUGAAGGCAACCGCAUGUUGUUUGAAAACAUCUUCAUAUUGUUUGAAGGCAACUGCAUGUUGUUUCAAGGCAACUGCAUGUUGUUUGAGGGCAACUACAUGUUGUUUGAUUGGUGGAGCAGAUGUAUCAAAGUCUUUUCUUUUUACACAACUACUAAAAACUGUAAAGAUUACAAACAAAAAAAGUCUUCAGUCAA